AUGCAGGCUCCAGUUGUUUAUUUAAAUACGUCUACACAGAGACAAACAGGACGACAAGCACAAGUUGCCAAUAUUACAGCUGCAAAAGCCGUUGCUGACAUUGUGAGAACAUGUUUGGGCCCCAAGGCGAUGCUUAAGAUGUUAUUGGAUCCAAUGGGCGGAAUUGUUUUAACAAAUGACGGGCAUGCUAUAUUGAGGGAAAUCGAUGUUUCACACCCAGCAGCAAAAUCGAUGAUUGAGCUAUCAAGAACUCAGGAUGAAGAAGUAGGAGACGGUACAACAACGGUGAUUAUUUUAGCAGGAGAGAUCUUGGCACAAACUUUCCCCUAUAUCGAAAAAAAUAUCCAUCCAGUGAUAAUCAUUAGAGCUCUUAAGCAAGCUUUGAAAGACGCUUUGGAAGUCAUACACCAAGUUUCGAGAAGCGUUGAUGUGAAUGACGACAAAGCAAUGAUUAAGUUGAUACAGGCUUCAAUAGGCACCAAGUAUAUCAACAAGUGGUCUGAAAAGAUGUGCCAGUUAAGUUUGAAGGCCGUAAGAAUAGUUGCGAUUAAGGAUGGCGAUUAUAAGGAGAUUGAUGUCAAGAGAUAUGUUAGAAUUGAGAAAAUACCCGGCGGAGAAUUGACCGAGUCAGAGGUAUUGGAUGGCAUAUUAUUGAACAAGGACGUUGUGCAUCCCAAGAUGAAGAGAUUUAUCGAGAAUCCAAGAAUUAUCUUGUUGGAUUGCCCGUUAGAGUAUAAGAAGGGGGAGUCGCAAACAAAUAUUGAGAUCACUAAAGAAAGCGACUGGAAUAGGAUAUUACAGAUUGAAGAGGAGCAAGUGAAGGCCUUGUGCGACCAGAUUUUAGAGUUUAAACCAGAUUUGGUCAUCACAGAGAAGGGGAUCAGUGACUUGGCUCAACACUAUCUUUUGAAAGGUGGAGUUUCCGCUUUGAGGAGGGUCAAAAAAUCAGAUAACAAUAGAAUUGCUAGAGCAACUGGAGCAACCAUUGUUAAUAGAGUUGAAGAUUUGAAAGAAUCUGAUAUUGGUUUGAAAUGUGGUGAAUUUAAAGUUGAGUUGAUUGGAGAUGAAUAUUUUUCCUACCUUUAUAAAUGUAAAGAGCCACAAGCAUGUACAAUCAUUUUGAGAGGAGCAUCAAAGGAUAUAUUGAAUGAGAUUGAAAGAAACUUACACGACGCGAUGGCUGUGACCAGAAAUGUCAUGUUUGAACCUUCCUUGAGUCCAGGUGGUGGUGCAACAGAAAUGGCAUGUAGUGUUAGAUUAUCAGAAAAGGCCAAAACAAUCAAGGGCAUUGAGCAAUACCCAUAUCAAGCGGUUGCAGAUGCAUUUGAGGUGAUUCCAAGAACCUUGAUUCAAAACUGUGGAGGAAACCCAAUUAAAGUAUUAUCUCAAUUAAGAGCUAAACAAGCACAGGGACACUGCACAUUUGGAAUAGAUGGAGAUGAUGGUAAGGUUGUGGAUAUGGAGGAGUAUGGUAUUUGGGAACCGGAGGUUAUCAAACAGCAGUCUAUCAAAACAGCUAUAGAAAGUGCAUGCUUAUUGUUAAGGGUAGAUGAUAUAGUCAGCGGAAUUCGUCAAACACAGUAA